UGUCAGACAAAUUGUAACAGUCAAACAAGCAAAAUGACUAAAAGCUUUGUUUUAAAUUUUUUAAUUUUAAUCGUAAUUGGAACUAUUGGAAGAUGUGCGACUAUUCCAAUUGAACCUGAGGAAGAUACAGUUUGGCCAAUUCCACAAAUAGAUGGAACUGUUAAAUGGAUGACUGAACAUCAGGCUGUAGCGAGAGCUGAAUCCACAGACCUGCCCUCGUUCCCCAACAAACUGGAUAAAGUUAGUUUCUUUUUAUACACCCAAUUAAAUCCCACCAAACCCAUCGAAUUGGUCAUGAGUAAUAAGGAGACGAUAGUACGAUCAACAUUUAAUUUUUCAAAUCCCACCAGAUUCAUGCUUCACGGCUGGACGGAUAUGCACAAUCGUUCAAGGAGUUCAGUCAUUCGGGAAGCCCUUUUACAUAGCGGCCAGAAACAGGAUACUAAUUUCAUUGCUAUAGAUUGGAGUGUAUACAGUUCAACUUUAAAUUACGUAUCAGCAAAAGAAGGCUGUCCAAAAGCGGGGAAAGAUAUUGCCACUUUUCUCGAUUGGAUGCAUGAAACUUCAAAUCUUAACUUUGACUCUGUUACUUUGAUUGGGCAUAGUUUGGGAGCACAUGUUGCUGGAUUCGCGGCCAAGAAUGUGCAACGAGGAAAGAUCGGUUCGAUUAUUGGAUUGGAUCCAACAAUGCCAUUGUUCCCAUACAAUGAUCCAGAAAGUCGUCUUGCGUCUACGGAUGCUGUUUAUGUGGAGUCGAUUCAGACAAAUGGUGGAAUGAAAGGUUACUUGCAGCCAAUUGGACAAAUAACUUUCUACCCUAAUGGCGGAAGGAUGCAACCAGGCUGCAAGGAAGAUUUUAGUGGAUCGUGCUCGCAUUUAAGAUCGAUUAGCUUAUUCGCAGAGGGCGUAAGGACGAUGGAAAAUAAUCAAUUAUUCGCAGUGAGGUGCAGAGAAUUGAAACACAUAAGGAAUGGAUCUUGUGAUCAAUACUCGAAUAUAGCUCGAGUGGGUGACCCGAGUAAUACAAAUAAAACUAGGGGAAUUUACUAUUUGAAAACAGGUAGAGAGUUUCCAUUUGGUAUGGGAUUGAAGGCUUUAUUAAAAAAUUAGUUAAGAAGUAUGACAUGAAUAAAAUUUGAAUUUAUUAUCGUUA